ACACAUAGCGGUUUACAGUCAUAUUUGACAUUUUUGCAAUACUGCAAUUCCAACAUACAUUAAAUAACAUUUCAAUUUGUUCAGUUUGUUUUCUCAUUAUUGUAUUAAAUUUAAAAGCCAUUAAAAUGAAAUGUGAGCUUUGUGAUUCAUCGCGACAAGAUGAAAUACAAUUUGGAUCGUUUUUGAUCAGAUAUGAUAAAGCUGCGCAUUUAAAUUGCUUAAUUUUGUCUUACGGCUUGAAACAGAGAGGUUCUGACAAUGUUGAUUUUAACGGCUAUUUGUUCAGUGAUGUAUCCAGUCGUCGUCGCUAUUUCUAUAAACAGAGCUGCUGUUAUUGUAACGAAAGAUAUGCUAAUUUAAAAUGUGCCAAUAAACACUGCCAGCGUUUGUUUCAUUUCAUAUGUGGAAUAGAAAAUCGAGCUAGGAAUCAAUAUGUUAAACCAUAUUUUUCAUAUUGCAAUCAACAUGUGACGAAGCCCAAAUAUCGACCUAAAUCGACUGAAUUUUGUUGUAUUUGCUAUGACAAUCUCUUCGACGAAAGUAAACGUUUUUGUCCAGUGACCAUGUUGAGGUCACCUUGCUGUCGUGACAAUUGGUUUCAUAAAUUAUGCAUUCAGAGAUAUGCUCUGGAAGGCGGUCGUUCAUUUAGAUGCCCGAUAUGUAAUAAUACAGAAAAGUUUAGAAAGAGUAUGCUUUUGUGGGGUGUUUUUACACACGACAAUCCUACAGAGGAGGAAAUUUUUCAAGAACAUAUGGAUCAUUUAAUUGUUAUGAGACGUGAAUUAUUUGAACCUCAAGACGAAGACGAACCACUGGUAGCGCCUUUACAAAUAGAUCCGCCUUUAGAAAUUAAUUUCAACCAUGACUACCAUGAUGACUAUGAUAGUGAUGAUUAUGACUACGAUUAUUACGAUUACUAUCAUCAUAAUCGCUUUAACAACUAUCAUUAUUUCCAAACACCAGAUGAGAAAAGCAAAGGUUUUUGUAUAGGCUUAAAGCGCUUCUGCUGUGUAAUUAAUAAUGUGCUCUGUCAUCCUUUCGUUGUAUUGCAACAGCAAAGUCAAAUUAAUGUCGUUUCCAAAAGCUAUCACAUACUACCCUUUUCCCUAGUACCAAUCAUAACAAAACUAUAUCGUCAACAAGGAUGGUUGGUUUUUUGGAAAGGUUUCUUCGAAUCCCUGUGCUUAAAGGGAGUGUCUUUGCUUUUUAGAAACCUACAUUUUUUCGAUGAAAUGCCCUUUAUUUACGUAGGAUUUAAAGGCGUCAUCGCUGUAAUUAUGUUUGUUUUGAAAGUCAAUGGUUUGAAGAUGACCGUAGGCACUUUAAUGCUUCCUAAUGACAAUAUCAUUGGUUGCGGUUCAAAGUUUUGGCCACUGUUUUUUAUUUACUUAUCUCUAGAAUUUGCAAAAUGGACAUUUAGUGCACUAGCUAAAAAAAUUACACGCGCACUUUUUCGUAACAAAUCAACAGAGCGAAGAAUAAUUGCGGAGGAUCAAGAGUGCACUAUGCAGACGGAUCUCAUAACAAGAAUUAUUACAGAAACUGUUUUCUAUCCAUGUGAAACUGUGUUGCAUCGUAUGCUGUUGCAGAAUACGAACACCAUUAUAGAUAAUCUGGACACUGGAACUACCGUAAUGCCAAUAUUUACUUAUUUUAAAGGGACAAAAGAUUGUUUUAAAACUACUGUAGGCAUGGAAGGUUAUAAGGGAUUUUACAAGGGUUUUGGAGGUUUAAUUUUACAAUUCGCUGUGCAUGCCGCUAUUGUAAAGAUUGCAAAGUGGUUGAGUUAAAAAAAGCUCUUUUGUUGUCCUUUUUGCUAUGUGAGUAAAUAUAACGACUAUUUUUAGUGUCGUCCACAACCAAAUAAAUAUUUUAACAUUAUACUGUUGCUCACUUACGUGAAACAAAUCAAC